UGUUCGAUUACCAUGAACGACAUGUCUUGAUCAGGUUAGAAAAUAAUUGUGAUAUCAGACAAGUCGCGUGUAAACCAAAUUUUAGACGAAUGUAAAAAACUAAAGUAUAUGCCCGAUCUCGCGUCCUAAGAUCAAUAAAAAUCGACGGGACAAAUACCAAAAUCCAAAUGCCUCUCAUAUCGAGGAAUUGUCCUCACAUCGUCAAUCGUGGUGAUCUCGCAUUUAUAGAGACCGUUCUGUCUCAAAAGGAAGGAUUUGCAAAAUGUAGCGAAUGUAAUACUGGUGGGCUUAAUUUAUGGCUAUGCUUGUUUCCUGAUUGCCGUUGGAUCGGAUGUGCGGAGACACACUUAGAUCAUAGCACUGUACACAACCAAAAAUUUCCAACUCAUUGUGCUCAUAUGAAUCUUUCAACGAAUCGUAUAUGGUGUUAUGCAUGUAAAAGAGAAGUUAUAACUAGGCAUAUACCAUCACCGCCAUUGUCACCCACACAGGUGGAUAUUAAAACACAAAGUAACAAGUUUUCUGGUGAUGCACCUGGUAAUGUGGAUUGCAAAACGGAUGAUCUUAAUAGACUCAUAUUGGAUAAGUUCUAUGGUGAACUCAUAAAUCGAGUUAAUUAUGAAAAAGAUGGCAUGACUAAUGAAAAGUCUGGAGAUUCACCAGACAGUACAGAUUCAGAUGAAAGUAAAGAUUUCUCUGGGAAACCAAGAGGACUUGUUGGUCUUCAAAAUAUUGGCAAUACGUGCUACAUGAAUGCUGCACUACAAGCUUUAUCAAAUGUACUUCCUUUGACUCAAUUCUUUCUGGAUUGCGGUCAUAUGGUUAGCUAUAUGUGCAAAGAUAGGAAACCUGGUCUAAGCUUAAGUUACCUAAAUCUUAUUCGAGACAUGUGGAAUAGGAGGACAAGAGGAUAUGUUGUACCACAUGGAAUAUUAUCUGGGAUUCGGACAGUUCAUCCAAUGUUUAGAGGAUAUCAUCAGCAUGAUACUCAAGAAUUUUUGAGGUGUUUUAUGGAUCAGUUGCACGAAGAAUUGAAGGAACAUAGCGAAGAUGAUCACGAUAGUGCAUUAAGAUUAAAGGGGCUUGGGGAACAGUCAUCAGACGAGGAGGAAACUGAAAUUGAUGGAAAUGGUUCUAGCCAGUCUGAUGCUGAAUAUGAAACCUGUGAUUCCGGAGUAAGCGAACAGAGCUCCCUUAGCGACGAAGGUGAACGUGGUACAAAAAGAAGGUAUUCCCGGGUGUCUCAGUCGGAAAAGCUGAGAAGUAAAUUUACAAACAGAAGUAUAAAAAAGACCGUUGAUCAACCAUUCUCUCAACCGCAAAGGUCAACACAAAACUCACCUAUCAAAUACAAAACCAAAAAACAAAUGAAAACUCGAAGUAUCAUUAGUGAUAUAUUCGAUGGUAAACUUUUAAGUAGUGUACAAUGUCUUACUUGUGAUAGAAUUUCGACAAGAGUAGAAACUUUUCAAGAUUUAUCAUUGCCCAUUCCAAGCAGAGAUCACAUUGAUAUGUUGCAUCAAGGAUCUCUCACUCCGCAAAUAGCAGGACCAUGUUCAGAUGUUGUAUAUGUAACAAAUCAGUCUGGCUGGCUUUCUUGGUUUUUGCAAUGGAUGAGAUCUUGGUUCUGGGGGCCAGUUGUCAGUCUUCAUGACUGCCUUUCUGCAUUUUUUAGCGCGGAUGAACUUAAAGGGGAUAAUAUGUACAGUUGUGAAAAGUGUAAUAAGCUGCGCAACGGAAUUAAAUUUUCCAAAGUGUUGGAACUGCCAGAAGUACUAUGUGUUCACUUGAAAAGGUUUCGUCACGAAUUGAUGUUUAGUUCAAAGAUAGCAAAUUAUGUUUCGUUUCCAUUAGAAGGACUAGAUAUGCGACCAUACUUGCACAAAGAGUGCGUUUCUAAAGUAACGAUGUACGAUUUGAUAUCGGUAAUUUGUCAUCAUGGAACGGCUGGUGGUGGUCAUUAUACCUGUUAUGCAUUAAAUCCUAUAGUUAAUAAAUGGUUUGAGUUCGACGAUCAAUGCGUUACAGAAGUAUCGCCGGAAACUGUAAAGCACUGCGAGGCUUAUGUAUUGUUCUACAAGAAAUGGUCGCCGGAAAUGUUACAGUUACGCGAUAAAAGUAUGGAGUUGAUGGAAAUAUCAUCUCGACAGUUAUCCGAUUUAAAUUUCUUCGUAUCACGGCAAUGGAUAAAUCGGUUUAACACGUUCUCGGAACCAGGACCCAUAGACAACUCCGAUUUUCUUUGUCCACAUGGCGGUAUUAAUCCUGUUAGAGCACAAUUUGUAGAUAAACUUAGUAUGCCCAUUCCACAAGCAGUUUGGGAAUAUUUAUACAAUACAUUUGGAGGGGGUCCAGCAUGUACACAUUUAUACGAAUGUCCGAUUUGUGAAGAGAAGUACGAAUCGCUACAGAAAAGAAGGCAAUACGAAAUGGAAGUAUUUCAAAGGCUAAAUCACAAUGCUGAUAAUCCUACUGCUAUUUAUGGAUUAGCUAUGGCUUGGUUACGGCAAUGGCAAAGUUUUGUGAGGGGUAAAGAGACUCAACCACCUGGACCUAUUGAUAAUAAUUCUAUUAUAGUAAAUAAAAAUGGUCAGAACAUCCUUAAAGUGGGUUCGGAUUACGGACAAAUACCAGAAGAACUUUGGCAGUUUUUCUUACAAACGUAUGACGGAGGACCAGAAUUAAUGUUGCAUUCAUGUCAAAGACCUGUUUCUGCUCAAUCAAACGUGUUACAUUCCACUUCAAAUUCAAAUCUAGAUCAGAAUUUCAAAUCCAGUCGCACAGAGACUAAAUCCAAUAAACUGUGUAUGACCAGGAGUUCUGAAACGAUUUCGCAACAAGACAGUGCUAUUGAAAGUUUAACUUCAGAUAGUGAUUCCCAUCAAACUCAAAGGGAUAUCAGUGAGUAAAGCAAUUGCUUCAAUAUCCCCAUAGCUGUGUAUACAAAUUAACAUUUCCACGUUGGACGUUACAGUUACAAUUGAUAUACUUUAUGUAAAAAAAAAAAUCAACUUUUAACUGUUAUGUCCUAAUUGUCUUACAGAUUAUAAUUAGAUUUGUAAAACAAAAAUAUCUUCUUCGAUAAUACCACUCACACUAUUUGUACAGUAUGUAGUAUUACUUGUACGAUAUUGUGGAGCAUUAUCAAACGAAAAUUUUAAGCAAUUUCUGUGAAUCUUGUGACAUUCUCUUGUGUGUUCUGUUUAUCACUGUAUGCAAUUAAAUGUAAAUUUGUGGGUGUUAUGUGUACUUGGUGGGCAGUUAGUUAGUACAAAAUUUGGUACAUACGACUGUAUUAUUUAAAGACAAAUAUUUAGCUAUGAUUGUGUGUCAUUCCUGCAUAUAUAAAACGUUUAAACAUCGUUCAAAAUUACAUAUUUCCUGGUUUAUACGCAUUCGUUUAAUAAAGCAAAACCAUAUACAUACACAUAUACAUAUGUAUAAGCGGAAGACUGAAAAGUAAAUCGACUUGAUUUAGCAAAAGUUUUAGUUCACGUUGGAAAAAGCAUAACUAACGUGAUUUAAAACUACAAUAAAAGUUUAUAAAAUGUCAGUACUACAUUCAAGCUUUGUAUUGUAGGAUGCGCUAAUGGUAAAUUCGAAAACUUCUACUGUAACCAUGAUAUUGUAAUUAACUUAUAAAUGCAUUAAUAUUGUACAUCUUUGAGGUAGAAGUUAUAUAGAAAAGAAUUUUUCGUUUUGAUCUCACGGCCUUCUAUCGUUACCAGAAUUAUUAAAUUCAAUUGUUAGUGUUUAUUUUGUAUACAAUAUUCUAACGACGUAUUCGUAUUGUACGCGUGAAACGCUGGUUUGAAUGUCGCUAUAAUUUUCAUUAAAAACGCAGGGACGCAAACGAUUGUAUAGUUAAUAAUAUCAAUGAUCACUGUGAAGAAUAACAUACCUAAGAUAAAUAAUAAACAGAUUGGUUUCUUUAUUUAUUCAAAUCGACGCUGGUCUUUAUUGAUACCUUCGAAUAUUAUAUUAUAAAUUCACUUCAUACACGAAGGAUAUUCGUGUUACUUCUCAACGCUAUUAUAAAAAUCUUCUUACUUGAAAUUUAUCGAUGCUUUUUUAUCUGUAAUAUUAGCAUAUUAAAUUUCACCGCUAUCUGUUACUGUUUUGGAAUGCACAAUGAACGUUUUAUCGACUUUUGUUAUCUGGUAUUACGUUCCCAAGCAUUGAUUAUCGCGUUUAUUCGUAGUAAGCGUUCAUAUUACAAAUUCUAAGUAAAGUAUAAGAUACAAACAUAAGAUAUAAGGUACAAAACUCAAAUAUUCCUUAUUUAAAACGCGAAUUAUUCAUGAACUUGCUAACAGUCGGAGUUUAAAGAUUUUAUGUACUGGAUGUUUUCAGUUUUAACGCACAAAACAUUUAGAGGUAUGGAAAAUUAAAAGAAAGUCGAAAAUAGAUUGAAUGUAACAAUCUAAUAGUGACAAACAUGUAUGGGAAUUUUCAAAGAGACGAAAAAUUGAAAUUUAAAUUAAAUAUUGAUUGUGGAAUGACAAAUUUAAUAGUUUCUUAUUUGAAAGAAAUGAAUGAAUUAUUUAAAGAAUGUUUAAAAUUAUUUUAAACAAAGUAUGAAAUUAAUUUACGAAUGUAUGCAAAAACCGAGGGUCGAAAAUGUUCGGAAUAAAUACACGUGUCUGCCGUUUAAAAUUGUAUGCUUUACGAUUCAAUCGAUUUUUGUAUAUAAAAUGUGAACAUAGGAGAGAGUUUAGAAUAUCUUUAUUUAAUCUGUAACAACAAUGUAACCAGCAUUUCAUUAGUAAUAAGUAAAUGAAACAAAGUUUAGUACUAUGUAGUUGGCUGUAAAAAUUGUACAGUUAAAAUUAGAUAUAUUUGUAUCAUAAAAAGUAAUAUACAUAUAUUGUUUAUAUCAUUAUUUUUUAGGUAAGUCACGAUUAAUUUUCGUACAUCUCACUCUCGAGAAACAAAUUUCACGAAAGUUGUGCAAAAUUCUGAUGCCAAAAAAGAAAUUACAUUUAAUUGAAAUCAUAUUAUUUACAAAAUUAUACCUAGUCAUACCAAUAUUAAUCCCAGACCUACACACGUUUCCAUAAACAUUUCUUCUCGUUUUGCGCGCCUCGAUUCCGUAACAAAUGUUCGUUAAAAUGCAAAAUCGCCUGUAUUUAUGUUACAAAUCGUAACACCCGUAAGAUAGAUUUAUAAAUAUUUUAUAAACACAAAGAGACAUUGUAAAUAAAUUAAAAUUAAUCUUUUAUAACUCGCUGUAACUUUGGCGUUAUAUGCUAUACGCAUGUGCAAAUGUAAAAAUGUUUUGUCAUAAUCCGUUACAACAUUUUCAAUGUUCGUCAAUGUUCAAUUUUCAAACAAAACGAAAAAUUUGAGUUAUGGAGGGUUGAAGACUAGGAAGAGGUAUUUUAAUACUGUGCCAGGAAUCUGGAAAUGUAUACUAACGUUUUAGCUGAAACACAUGAAUCUAUAAAAACAAAGAAAAUACUAUUGUACAUUGUUAAUCCUUAUUUCAUACCUGUAUUUUCAAACGUUUUACUUUAAAUUUUUAUUCGGACGAGAUAUUAAUUUUUGAAAUUAACCAGUUGAUUCCAAAUGAAAAGACUUCAGUGAUGUUCGUAAUGCUUUUCACGAUAGUAAUUCUAUUAGUUAUUAGUUUACUCGACACGAAAUCGUAACUAAUAUUUUUUAUCAUGAAUGGCUUAAUACUUUUGCGUUGGUUACGAAGAUAUUUUAUUGGG